AUGGAGGUCCCUGCAGCUGGCCUGGCCGUCCUGCUUCUCACCACGGCACUCUGUUCCCAGACCUCAUCUUCCUUUUUUGGUGCUGACACCCCGACCUCCUGCUGCUUCUUCUAUAUCUCUCGGCAGAUUCCUCGGAAAUUUGUGGCCAACUAUUAUGAGACCAGCAGCCAGUGCUCCAAGCCCGGUGUCAUUUUCCAAACCAAAAGAGGCCGGCAGAUCUGUGCCCACCCGAGGGAGGCCUGGGUCCAGGAGUACAUCAGCGACAUGGAGCUGAAUGCCUGA